AAUACUUCCAAUGACAGCAGCAGCAGACACACAAACAGACCGACACACCAAUAGUUGCCAUAGAAUACGUGCCCAUUUAUACCCAAUGUGGCUUCGGAACUUCGGAACCCUAAAGACGAUUUAUGUAAAUACUUAUCGCCAUGUCUACAUAGCUCAAUAAAACUGGCCGAUAUAAUAUAAGAAAGCAACACCGUGAAUUUCAUCAGUAAGUAAAUACUUCAGUACUGUACAGUCGCCGAGAAAGUUAGGUACUCAUAAUAGUCAGUUAUGUCGAUCAAACACGGCCUAUUUGUCUUGUCACUAAUAUGUGGAUAUCACGGUGAGAAACCAUUUACUAUUAUUCCAAGGUACAAAAAAUAAAUUAUAUCUCUAUUCGUCUUAUAAUCGUAAUGUAUUUUGUUUUCGGCAAAUACAUUCCUAGCGGAUCAGGAUCCAUCCCCAUUGCCUGUGGAGCCGGCACCCCCCAUCGUAGGGGAUGAAGUGGCACCCUACAUCGUGGGGGGGGACCUGGCGGCCCCCGGCAGCGCGCCCUACAUGGUGGCUCUGUUCCUGCGAGGACUCUUCAGCUGUGGGGGCUCGCUGAUCUCCGCCCGCACUGUGCUGACAGCUGCCCACUGUAUCUCAGAGAAGGUGCCCAGUAUACACCAUGGAUUAGUGGGUACCAACUUGCUCAAUUGGGGCGGGACCGAAAUAUUCUUCGAGAGGCUGAUAUCUCAUCCCAACUACGUGGCCCAACCUAACCUGGUUAUGAACGACAUCGGUCUGCUGAUCACGACUGCGGCGGUGCAGUUCUCUGCGCUGGUGCGGCCAGUGGCGCUGAGCUACCAGCGCCUCGGCGCCGGCGUCUCCGUCCGCGCCAACGGCUGGGGCAACACUCAGGCGCAUGUGUCAUUAUCCAAUGAACUAUUGGAACUUUUCAUGACAUCGAUAGAUGAUCAGCAAUGCAAGGAUUCCAUCCCUCAGUCUAUAGUGGACUCCGUGAGCAUCGUGUGCGCGGUACAUUCUGUCAACCACGGCAUGUGCAACGGUGACAGCGGCAGCGCGCUGCUGCGGGCGGACAGCGGGCAGCAGGUGGGGCUGGUCACGUGGGUGAUCCCGUGCGCCACCGGCAAGCCCGACGCCUUCACUCGCAUCAGCCCCUUCCGGUACUUCAUUGAGAUGAAUACAGUACAGUGAUGAAGGGAAUUUUCCUCUGUGUCUGCAGUUUUCCAUUCUCUUGGUUAAAUAGGUGUUUGAUUUAUGAACCAUAGACUGGACACUACAGUGU